AUGAGCAAGCAUUUCUCCCUGAAAGAUGCAAAAUUGCCAUGGAACCGCGAUUGGGACGGUCUUCAGGUGGUCCAUGACCAAAACGCCGAUGGUCUCCAAGCAGUCCAUGAUCAAAGGUCGGAUGGGCUUCAGGCAAUGUAUCCUCGCGGCUCUCCCGGUUAUAUUCCGCCCUCACAAGUCGGCAAUGAUGAAAAAGAAGGGACGAGAAGAAUAUGCGGCUUGCGGGCGACAACUUUUUGGCUUGUAUGUAUUAUUGUGAUACUCAUCGUCGGCGGCGCAGUGGGUGGUGGUGUAGGGGGUGUGUUAGCAAGCAAGAAAUCAAACUCCUCAACAACAAGCCAAACGCCAUCCAAUACAACCACACCAACUCCGGCGAGUACUGCCAUCUCAGCGACGUCAAGUACGGCAAGCAAUACGACAAGCUCGACACCAUCAAGCACAGCCAUCCCCAUAUCAACCGAUAUAUGCCCCAGCGCCAACGGCACAACGCACACGGAGAGUCUUGGACCCCUCCAGUACCGCAUUAUUUGCGACUCUGAUUUCAGUGGCAGCGGAAAGGAGACAUUAUCGUCGAUUGUGCUGGCAACAUUCGAUCAGUGUCUGAGUAUGUGCAAUACAAUGAACUAUUUUCAGAGCCGGACAGACGUUGGAUGCACUUACAACGUUCAAGGGACGGGCUCGCAGACGCCUGGUACUUGCUGGUGUUUGGGAGGGAAGAGCAAGACUAUUGUCUCGAAUGUAGGGAAUGUCAUUGCGGUUCCUAUUUGA